CUGAACACGUUUGCCGCAAUGAUACUGAAGUGUUGUAAACGAUGUGCGGGUCGUCCGUCGAAAGUGACGCAUAUCGAUCUGAUUCUGAUCGCCAGUGGAUGCGGCUCAUUCCUGAUGGCAUCCGGUGCCUACGUAUUCCAUCGAUAUGAACGAUGGACCUAUUUUGACAGCUUGUAUUACUGCUUUACAACUUUAACCACUAUUGGUUUUGGCGAUUUUGUGGCUCUGCAAAAGGACGGCGCACUGCAGAGUACACCCGAAUACGUGGUGUUCGCAUUGGUUUUCAUACUGUUCGGUUUGACUGUGGUAUCGGCGGCGAUGAAUCUGCUGGUGCUCAGGUUUUUGACGAUGAAUACCGAGGAUGAGAAGCGAGACGAGCAGGAGGCCCAGUUGGCGGCUAGAGGCCUUGUACGAGUGACCCCGUUGGGUCGUACGUCGGCCAAAGGCACCUCGUCACGUCCGCUGCUGUAUAGCCGGCCGUACAGUCCGGAUAGUGAUUCGUUUUUGGAGUUCGAUGAUCGAGGGCCACGCGCCGGAGCUGCUGGGGCUGGGGCUGGGGCUGGUGGGGGGACGCCUGGUGGAGGAGUGNAAUUCCGCUGUUUCAGGUAUUCGGUACGGAAUCGACCGAUCAGCUCCGUAGCCCAUCUGGUGCAUUCUGGCACCCAGUCACCCACGCAAGCGUUUACGACCAGACGUGACAAUCAACUGGAUCGUGGCGGCUUACCCUCAGAUGCCUCGGACGAUCAGCAAUCCGCUGCCUGGCGAAAUACAGCGUGCUAG